GUCUCGUGUUGUUGUCUGACGCAGUUAGCAAACGUUAGCCAGUUUGAAUCAUCGGCAAGCGUCAGCUGGCAAACGCCACGUUGUUCUUGAAAUUUUAACAAAGCACUUAACUAUAACCAAAGCGCCUAAAGAAUGAGAAGAGUUACCUUAUUUGUUAACGGGACAUCUAAAAAUGGCAAGGUUGUAGCAGUAUACGGUACCUUGUCCGACUUACUAUCUGUAGCAAGCAGUAAGUUGGGAAUCAAAGCUGCCUCUGUAUACAAUGGAAAGGGUGGUCUCAUAGAUGACAUUGCCCUUAUAAGAGAUGACGACGUGCUGUAUGUGUCAGAAGGAGAUCCAUUUGUUGACCCUCAAUAUGAGCCCACGGUUACGUCUGAUCAGCAUGGAGCCCACAGUGACUGGCUGACCCUUAAUAUUGGUGGUCGUCCCUUCACCACCACCAGGAGCACCUUGGUCAGCAAGGAACCAGAGAGUAUGCUUGCUCAUAUGUUUGGAGAGAAAGAUGUGUGGGGGAACACGCAAGACGAACAUGGGGCUUACUUAAUCGACCGCAGCCCUGAAUACUUUGAGCCUAUUCUCAACUACUUGAGACACGGUCAGCUCAUUAUCAAUGAAGGCAUAAAUAUACGAGGUGUCCUGGAGGAGGCUCGGUUCUUUGGAAUUGAGCAGCUUGCUGAACAGCUGGAAGUAGCAAUCAAGAACACACAGCCACCAGAGGACCACUCUCCUAUUUCCCGCAAAGAGUUUGUUCGUUUUCUUCUGGCAACCCCCACCAAGUCAGAGCUUCGCUGUCAGGGUCUUAAUUUCAGUGGUGCGGAUCUGUCCCGACUUGAUUUGCGCUACAUCAAUUUCAAGAUGGCCAAUCUCAGCCGCUGCAACCUGACACAUGCCAACCUGUGCUCUUCCAAUCUGGAGCGGGCUGAUCUUUCUGGAGCAAACCUGGAUGGUGCAAACUUACAAGGGGUGAAGAUGCUCUGUUCCAAUGCAGAGGGAGCUUCUCUCAGAGGAUGCAAUUUCGAAGAUCCAUCUGGACUGAAGGCCAACCUGGAAGGCGCUAACCUGAAAGGAGUUGACAUGGAAGGAAGCCAAAUGACCGGCAUCAACCUGCGUGUGGCCACUCUGAAAAAUGCAACGCUGAAGAACUGCAACCUGCGGGGAGCCACUUUAGCGGGGACUGAUCUCGAGAACUGUGACCUGUCCGGCUGCGAUCUACAAGAAGCCAACCUGAGAGGGUCCAAUGUAAAAGGAGCCAUUUUUGAAGAGAUGCUGACCCCUCUGCACAUGUCACAGAGUGUCAGAUAACGCAGCACAGACGCCAGUGUCCAGUGUGGGGCCACACCUGGCUUCCUUAUCGCUCUUUCCUCCAACCUCUCCUCCACUAUAUUCCCCUACUCUCACUCUUUACCUGUCUGCAACACAGGUAGUUAUAUGCACAUCCCCGACAUUCCACCUUUAUUAUGUUAGCUUUAAAUAUCUUGCACUAGAAUUUAUUCAGGGUUGUCUAUAUGUUUGUAUGGUAGGAUGUUUUUAAUGUUCAGCUGCAUAUAUCACCAAAACAAAAUAAUGUACCUUGUGUAUGUAGAUGUGUCUGGAUGCAAUCCAACGACUAUACUCAUUCAAUGUUCUCCAUAAUUUAUAUUCACUUCAUAUUACUUGACCUGUUAACGGGGGUCAGAAUCACAUUAUCUGUGUGGAGUCAAGUUCAGAGUGCGGAGCUUCCCUGAAUGCUGCUGUAGCAGAACUAGAAGGUGUCACUUACCAAUAACUGUGUCGUAAUAUAUUCCUGUUUAAGUAUGUAACCCACUUUUGCUGGAUUCAAUGUAUUACAAAGAAAGCAAUGCAAGCCAAAGCCAUAACAAUAGCACAGUCUGAAAGACUAAAUGUGCUGUUAGUGCACCGUGAAACUAUCCGUCAGGCUAGUUUUACUCACAGCAUGGGUAGGCAAUACAUUAUUUACAGCUGUGAGGUUUCUUCUUCUUUCCUAAUCUUAAAUAUUGUCUCUUAAAAAGCUUUCCCUUGUCUUGCAUUCUGUGAAUCUACCUCUUUUUAAAAUCUGGUGCGAGUGAAUUGCAUGCUUUUGAAUGCUUAUUGUAAUGUUUAUGUAUGACACUCGUUAUUCUUCAGUUUCCCAUUUGGAGAGAACUUGGUGCGCUUUAACAGAAUGCCAUUUUCACAUGUUGAUGUUGUCAAAGUGAAUUUGCCUGGAAAUGUGCUCCAUGUAUGGAUUUAUAUCACUUAAUCAUGCUUUGAACUUAUUUGCACAAGGAUAUGUUAACUUGUAUACAUGUUUCACCAAAAAUGUUUGGUGCUUGUAAUCUUAAUGUAAAUCAAAUCCAAUGUUUCCAAAAAAUGCAUUUUCAGACUAGGUUGUCAAGGAUGUCACUUUGCAUGUGUGAAGAGCUCAACUUGUCUUUGACUAGGGAAGUUUCUCUAGCUGUAGCUCAAAGCUGCUCUGAUGCAAUACUAUUCACUCAGUUCAAUAGUAGCUACCCAGCCUGUAAGAAUGAAUGGUGAAGGCAAUCAUGUUGUGUAUUCCCCUUGAGCGUGAAAAUCAAUGAAAGAGCUAUGGUUAUUUAUUUUAAUACAUCUCACUGAAUGCAAUAUGGGGCAGUGGUUGGUUUGCGUUUCAGACAGGGAGUGGUGUCGUGCUCCCUGUCUAUGAUUAUUGCACUCGACCGUGGAAAUAUAUUUCCAUGAAUGACUGUUAUAAAUAAACUGC